AUGUUCCAGCCGUCCGCGAAGCGCUGCUUCACCAUCGAGUCCCUGGUGGGCAAGGACACCCCGCUCGGCCCCGGGGACCCCCCGCGCCCCGCAGCCCUCGCCUACCCCGGCCCCACCGCUGCCGACGCCGCCGCUUUCACCCCCGGCUUCCCGGGGGCCGCCGCCGCCGCCGGUCGGGCCCUGUACGGUAGCGCCGAGCUCGUCUUCCCCGAGGCCGUGGGGCACCCGGCGCUCCCCGUCGGGCCCCAUCAGCUCGGGGGCUCGGCGCUGCCUCCGCCUCACUCCUUCUUCGGGCCGCAGCACCGCGACCCGCUCAACUUCUACCCCUGGGUGCUGCGGAACCGCUUCUUCGGGCACCGCUUCCAAGGGAGCGAAGUGUCCCAGGAGAGCCUGCUCCUGCACGGCCCCUUCGCCCGGAAGCCCAAGCGCAUCCGAACAGCCUUCUCUCCAUCGCAGCUCCUGCGGCUGGAACGGGCCUUCGAGAAGAACCACUACGUGGUGGGUGCCGAACGCAAGCAGCUGGCCAGCAGCCUCAGCCUCUCCGAGACCCAGGUGAAAGUGUGGUUCCAGAACAGGCGGACGAAAUACAAACGGCAGAAGCUGGAGGAGGAAGGACCGGACUCGGACCAGAAGAAGAAGGGUUCCCACCACAUCAACCGAUGGCGCCUCGCCACCAAGCAGUCCAGCGGAGAAGACAUCGACGUCACCUCCAACGACUAAGGCAGGGACAGGCUCCUGGUGCAGCCACCAUGGAGAGGAACCCGGGGCAGGACGGGGGCACACGGGUGGCAUCCCCAAACGGACUGUAGGGACGUGGUGCUCCCAAGCCACCCGAUGCCUUUCCUUGGGGACCCCCCCUCCCACCGCCGGAGCAUCCCUUGGAGGUGCUUUCGGGAAGCUCCCAUCGCCGAGCCGAGGAGGAAGA